UCGAAAACGCAGUCUGAACCCAGACGCAUGCGCAGGAGGUCUCGCGGCCAGGAACUGGCUCGGUGGCGGCUGCUGCUGCUGCUGCCGCUGGUGGCGCGGCGGGCUGAGGCGGCCAGUGGCAUUCCUGGGAAUCCCGGGGUUCAGAUGCUCCGUGGUGCCUGCGCUCUGCUCCCGGCUGCUGCUUCUGUCCCCCGCUGGGGAUGCUGAGUAAGGGAACGUUGCAGCGCUUGCUGACUGCCAUCAACCGGAGGAGGAGAAUGAAGCUGCUGAUGGGGCUCGCCCUGGUCGCCUAUGUCGCCUCUGUAUGGGGAAAUGUACUCAACAUGAGAUCUAUCCAAGAUAAUGGUGACCAGAAAGUGGAAAAUAAGAUUGAAGAGAUGGUGGCACCAUUAAGGGAGAAGAUCCGAGAACUGGAGAAAAGUUUUACUCAGAAGUAUCCACCAGUGAAGUUCCUAUCAGAAAAGGAUCGGAAAAGAAUUUUGAUAACUGGAGGAGCAGGGUUUGUGGGUUCUCAUCUUACUGACAAACUAAUGAUGGAUGGCCAUGAAGUUACAGUUGUGGACAACUUCUUUACGGGCAGGAAAAGAAACGUGGAACACUGGAUUGGCCAUGAGAACUUUGAACUGAUUAAUCAUGAUGUCGUAGAGCCCCUUUACAUCGAAGUGGACCAGAUUUAUCAUCUAGCGUCUCCAGCUUCCCCUCCGAAUUACAUGUAUAAUCCUAUCAAGACGUUAAAGACCAAUACGAUUGGGACACUAAACAUGUUGGGGCUAGCAAAGCGAGUUGGAGCACGGCUUCUUCUGGCAUCCACCUCAGAAGUAUAUGGAGAUCCUGAAGUUCACCCACAAAAUGAAGAUUACUGGGGUCAUGUGAACCCCAUAGGACCUAGAGCUUGUUAUGAUGAAGGGAAGAGAGUUGCUGAAACAAUGUGCUAUGCAUAUAUGAAACAGGAAGGUGUAGAAGUCAGAGUUGCAAGAAUAUUCAAUACUUUUGGUCCUCGCAUGCACAUGAAUGAUGGCAGAGUUGUUAGUAACUUCAUCCUGCAAGCUCUUCAGGGAGAACCCUUAACCGUAUAUGGGCCUGGCACUCAGACCAGGGCAUUCCAGUACGUCAGUGAUCUUGUGAAUGGGCUGGUUGCCUUAAUGAACAGCAACGUCAGCAGUCCUGUUAACUUGGGGAACCCAGAAGAGCACACUAUCUUAGAGUUUGCGCAGUUGAUUAAAAAAUUGGUUGGCAGUGGCAGUGAAAUCCAGUUUCUAUCUGAAGCUCAAGAUGACCCCCAGAAACGAAAGCCUGACAUUAGGAAAGCCAAGCUACUACUUGGCUGGGAACCUGUGGUUCCACUGGAAGAAGGCCUAAAUAAAGCAAUUCAUUACUUUCGCAAAGAACUGGAAUAUCAAGCAAAUAAUCAAUAUAUUCCUAAACCAAAACCUGCCAGGAUAAAAAAAGGAAGAACCAGACAUAACUAAAACUCUUUAGUUUGGACAGGAAACAAAAAUUCCUCACCUUGCAUUUGAGAAGAUGUAGUUUUUGUUUGAUUUUUUUUUAAAAAAGACUUCAGAAACAGGUAUCAUGAAGAAGAAGAAACUGGAAUUUCACUCUGAAGCUUGCUUUAAAGAAGUGGAUGUGCCUAAAUAAGAAAACUGCAAUCUUUGCCUUGCACUUUUUAAAUCUGUCUUUUUAUGUAAAAUAGGAUAGAAGCAUCUUUUUUGAGUAUCCAAGUUUUAUAUCUUGCUGUGAGAUCAUUUUGUUGUGACUGUCUUUGACAGUUUUAUUUACUGGUUUCUUUGUGAAGCUACAGAUGAGAUGGAGAAAUGCCAAUUUAUUUAUAAAGUGGGUACUUUAAAUGAGAGAUACUAUGCAUAAAGAAAAAAGCUAGCAGUAUUGUCAGGUGACUGAAACACUGGCAUUUAGUAUUAUAGGAUUAUAAAAUUCUGUAUGAGAGCUUUACGUAUUCUCUUAAAUCUGUUUUUUCAAAUGUUUAGUUCUAGUUGCACACUUGAAUUUGAAAUAUUUUCACUGACUCUCAUGGAUAAAUGCUAUUUUAAAUCACUACUGUGUUGUGCAUAUUUCGGCGGGGGUGGGCGGGUGGGGUUUGAAGUUAAUGUAUUAUUGGUUACCAGUGGUUGAAUAUGCUAUUUUAAUAAAAUAUUGAAACUUGUGGGUUUCAGUUUUUCAAGUAAAAAACAAUUGGCUAGUGAUGAUGUAGUGUGUGUGUGUGUGUGUGUGUGUGUUGCCUUCUGCAUAUUGUGUAGUUAAACACUAUUAUAAAAAAUAUAACAAAGCUUUUAAUGCCAUA